CGGAGCUUGCUUCUCUGUUGCGGGACGAGCGCCGUGGAGCCGGUCCUUGACGGUGUCUGCGGUUCACCGCGUCAGGAGAGCUCGUCCGCGACUCUCGGUGAGGGAAUGGACCGGCACGGGGGUUGUGUCCAUGAGGGAAAGGAGCAGGAUUCGGAACCUACAUGAGAGUGCAGGGAUAAUGCUGAAAGGAAUGACAAAGCUUAUCUCCAGGGUUCAUAAGUUGGACCCUGGACGUGUUUUGCACAUGGGGACCCAGGCACCCCAAAGCCUUGCUGCUCACCUAGAUAACCAGGUUCCAGCUGAGAGUCCCAGAGCUAUUUCCCGUACCAGUGAAAAUGAUCCGGCCAAGCAUGGGGAGCAGCAUGAGGGUCAGCACUACAGCAUACCCCUCCAGGAUCUGAAGACUGUAUUUCCCCAUGGCUUGCCUUCUCGCUUUGUAAUGCAGGUGAAGACAUUCAAUGAAGCUUGCCUGAUGGUAAGGAAACCAGCCCUAGAGCUUCUGCAUUACCUGAAAAACACCAAUUUUGCUCAUCCAGCUGUACGAUACGUUCUCUAUGGGGAGCAGGGAACAGGAAAAACCCUCAGUCUUUGCCAUGUUACUCAUUUCUGUGCAAAACAGGACUGGCUGAUACUGCAUAUUCCUGAUGCUCAUCUUUGGGUGAAAAACUGUCGCAAUCUUCUGCAGUCCACCUACAACAAACAGCGCUUUGAUCAACCUGUAGAGGCUUCAGUCUGGCUGAAGAAUUUCAAAACUACAAAUGAGCGUUUCUUGAGCCAGAUAAAAGUUCAAGAGAAGUAUGUCUGGAAUAAGCGAGAAAGCACUGAGAAAGGCAGUCCUCUGGGAGAAGUAGUUGAACAGGGCAUAAUGCGAGUGAGGAAUGCCACAGAUGCAGUUGGGAUUGUGCUCAAAGAGCUGAAGAGGCAAAGUUCUUUGGGUAUUUUUCACCUCCUGGUGGCAGUGGAUGGAGUCAAUGCUCUCUGGGGAAAGACCACACUGAAAAGAGAGGAUAAAAGUCCGAUUGCCCCGGAAGAACUAGCACUUAUUUACAACCUGAGGAAGAUGAUGAAAAAUGAUUGGCAUGGAGGAGCCAUCGUGUUGACAUUGAGCCAGACUGGGUCUCUUUUUAAGCCCCGAAAAGCUUACCUGCCCCAGGAGUUGCUGGGAAAGGAAGGAUUUGAUGCCCUGGAUCCCUUUAUUCCCAUCCUGGUUUCCAAAUAUAACCCAAAGGAAUUUGAAAGUUGUAUUCAGUAUUACUUGGAGAACAAUUGGCUUCAACACGAGAACGCUCAUACAGAAGAAGGGAAAAAGGAGCUGCUGUUCCUAAGUAAUAGGAAUCCCAGGCAGCUGGAGCAGCUCUGUGCCUACCUCUAAGCCGUGGUCACGACAUGCGUGGAAGCCAAUGGACUUUUCUUUUAAUGGACCCACUCAGAUGGCGGGACCCACUCUUCAGUAAACGAGAAGAGCAGCCAAGGAGUGGCUCAUGGCAGCGACCAGGACUGCAGUCAGCUCCCAGCCUUCGCUGAAAUGGGUUCCUUGGGAAGUGACUGUGAUGGCAGUAAGAUGUCCUCUUGUUCUUGAAACUAAUACCAGUUUAUUAGAUAUGAUUUUCACAUUUAAAUAAUCAUGUAUCAUUUCUUUAAGAAUUAAAUUAAGUAUCUUUUUUAAAA